AUGGCCAGGAGAGGAGCGGCGGCGAGGGGCACCUGGAGGCCAAGGAGGAAACCCUCGCCCGCGCAACCGGACGCCGACCGCGACGGCGACGGCGAUGCCACAGAAGGCGCCCGCCCGCCUCCAAACGUAAUAGGAGCUGCCGCCGCCGGCGGCGUGUUCUUCUGCUGCUACCUGCUCCGGUCCCUCUGCCCGCGCAGCAAGGGUCGCACCUACAUCGGCUUCACGGUGAACCCGCGCCGCCGGAUCCGGCAGCACAACGGCGAGAUCGUCAGCGGCGCGUGGCGGACCCGGCGCGGCCGGCCCUGGGAAAUGGUGCUCUGCAUCUACGGCUUCCCCUCCAACGUCGCCGCCCUCCAGUUCGAGUGGGCGUGGCAGCACCCGACGGAGUCCCUCGCCGUGCGCAAGGCCGCCGCCGAAUUCAAGUCGCUCAGCGGCAUCGGCAACAAGGUCAAGCUCGCGUACACCAUGCUCAACCUCCCCUCAUGGGAAAACCUGAACUUGACGGUGAACUUCUUCUCCUCGAAGAACACCAAGUUCACCGCCGGCUGCCCGUCGCUGCCGAGCCAGAUGAAGACUGCCGUCUGCGCGAUGGAGGAUCUGCAGUGCCAGGCUGACAGCCCGUCGUCUGAGGAGGAUGGCAAUGACAUCCGUGAGGAGCCCCAAGAUAAUGACGAAGAACCGUCUGAUUCGCCUCUCCGAGAUGGAUAUUCCUAUUCUGACCAUUGUUUCCAGCAACCGUCCUCUGAUGAUCAAGUGCAGCCAAUGGACGAGCAAACAAGAGCUGCUGGUUCUGAUGUCGAGGAUGACCUAGUUGACGAGUUCGCUCCUCCAAUGGAAAGGAGCGAAAUCCUUGACACAAGGAGAGAACUGAAUGGACCAAGAACAUCGCCUCUGUGUUCCUUGAGCCCGUGCAGCGACGAUGACGGAUUGGAAGAAGGGACAGGACUGAUGUCUCCGUUAUUGAUGCCCAAUGCUAGUUCAGAUGAUGGUGAUGGCCGCCAUAUCCUUGAUGGAAACCAUGUGGUAGACUUGGUUACCCUGACUCCAGUAGGCCGGCCCCGGAGAAGAGACUGCAUUUCCAGCAUUUGCCCAAAGAUCAUUGAUCUGACGUCCUCGCCUAUUGUCAUUCAGUUGUAG